AUGCCAACCCCAAACUCCCUCCAAGAUGCACUGGGUUUGAACGGGAAGCUUACAGCUCUAAGCAGGUUCAUUUCGAAAUCCGUUGACAAGGCCAUGCCAUUGUUCCACAACUUAAAGGGGUGCAUCGAGAAGAACAAUUUCCAGUGGAUGAAUGAGGCAGAAAAGGCACUCCAGAAAAUCAAGGAAGCGCUACACGAGUUGCCAACUCUGGCCACCCCUAUCCUUAGAGAAACGUUACAACUGUAUCAUUCAACAUCAGGCGAACUGAUAUCCUCGGCACAUCAAAUCGAGGUACUCACGAGCUACCCCAUUAAACAGAUCUUGCUCAGGCCAGAGACGUCAGGCCGGCUGGCCAAGUGGGAAAUUAAGCUGGGAGAAAACGACAUAAACUACCGCCCAAGAACAAGCAUCAAAGGGCAGGCGCUGUCCGACUUCUUACUGGAGAUUCCAGACGGAGGGAACCCGGCGAAAGAGAGGGUGUGGGUAGUUAAAGAGGCCCCGGCUGACCAUGGUUCAUGGACCUUGUAUACGGAUGGAGCAUCCGGUAGGGAAGGCUCGGGGGCGGGGAUGAUCCUGACUAGCCCAGAAGGAGAGGAGGUAACCUAUGCCCUCCGCUUCGACUUCCAUACGUCAAACAAUGAAGCGGAGUACGAAGCACUUCUUGCAGGAUUACGGUUAGCCAAGCAGAUGGUUGCGAAAGCUGUAACUGCCUUAACCGACUCAAGGUUAGCAGCAAACCAAGUAAAUGGAAGUUUCGAGGUAAGAGAUCAAAGAAUGGGAAAAUAUGUAAAGAUGGUGAAACAGCUCAUAGGAUCCUUCGGCCGGUUUACAAUCAAGCAGAUACCCAGAAGCGAAAACAAGAGGGCAAACGCUUUGAGUAAGCUGGCGUCCACAUGCUUUAACCACCUAUCAAAGAAUGUUUUAGUAGAGGUACUUCGAGAAAGGAGUAUAGAUGAGCAACAAGUGAACAUCCUAACGCCCGCUGGACCCACAUGGAUGACACCGCUCUGGGAAUACCUCCAAAGAGGAGUGUUGCCGGACGAUCAUGAUGAGGCUAGGAAAAUACGUAUAAAGGCGCCUUCAUACGCAAUGGUGAAUGGAGAAUUGUACAAGAAGGGGUUCACGUCUCCAUGGUUAAAAUGUGUGGAUCAGGCCAAGGGGGGAGAGAUAUUGCAGGAGGCACACUCAGGACAGGUGGGUGCACACGAAGGGGCGAAGGCCUUGACAGGCAAGGUGUUAAGAAUGGGGGUAUACUGGCCAACGAUACAGCAGGAUGCGAUAGAAGUAACCAGGAAAUGUGGGGAAUGUCAGUCUUACGCCCCAGUCCAGGCAAACCCCUCGGACCCGCUAAGCAACAUAUCCAGCCCAUGGCCUUUCUACCAGUGGGGCAUAGAUAUAGAAGGUCCAUUCCUAGAAGCACCAAGGAAACUAAAGUAUAUGGUGGUAGCUGUGGACUACUUCACAAAGUGGAUUGAAGCUGAGCCUCUGGCGUGUAUAUCUGGGAGGCACAUGAUAAAAUUCGUAUGGAAAAACAUCAUGACAAGAUUUGGAACACAUAAGGUUCUCAUCAGCGACAAUGGCUUGCAGUUUGCUGAGAACCCGUUCAGAGAAUGGUGCACCGCCAAAGGGAUAAGCCAACGCUUCACACCGGUGGCACACCCUCAAGCGAACGGCCAAACGGAGGUGUCCAACCGAACCAUUGUCAAUGGGAUUAAGAAGAGGUUGGGAAAAGAAAAGGGGAAUUGGGCAGAAGAGAUACCAAUGGUGCUGUGGUCAUACAAAACUACACCACGGAAAAGCACAAAGGAAACCCCCUUCAGCUUGACGUAUGAAACCGAAGCCAUGCUUCGCAUGGAGGUGGCAGUGAACACACUAAGGGUGGCCAACAAGGAUGAGGAAAGCAACAUAAAAGACCUGAGGAUAAACCUAGAUAUCCUAGAGGAGAAGCGUGAAGAAUCGGGUGUACGCCAAGCCGCGUAUAAACAUGCAACAGAAAGAUAUUACAACCAAAGGGUAAAGGAGAAGGCCUUCAAAGUCGGCGAAUAUGUUUUGAGGAAAAACGAGGCAAGCCGAGCCCAACCUCAAGGAAAGUUGGGACCAACAUGGGAAGGCCCAUCAGAGUCACAGAGGCAAAUAGGAACGGUGCAUACGUGUUAG